AUGGAGCCUCCUGUCCCAGGACCUCUGAACUUCAGCAUCGCAUCGCGUAGCUCGAGUUCUUCCCCCAACAACUUUGCCCCGAUCGACUUUACGUCGUUCACCACGGAUUAUCAACCGCAAACAUGGCUUCCCUCGCCCCCGCAUCCACAGCCCUUGGCUUCCAAUCAGAACAACAACAACAGCAACAACAGUGUACACGAGGACUUCGUGCUCUAUCCAUCCACACCACACCCGCAACCCCGCUUGCGUGUGCCUGUGAAAGCAACCCAUAGACCUUCUGCACUCCAGCCAUUCCUGGCGCAGAACAACCCCCGACGACACUCCUUCAAUUUGCAGUUGCAACGUCAACUCCAGCAGCUGUACUCUAGCCCUCAAGAUCCUAGAGUGACCCAGCUUGCCCGGUCCCCCUCUUAUUGGUCCCACCCCACGCUCAAGCACUCCCGUCCACCAACGACUCCUGUGCUUUCCGAUUCCCCAAACACCAACCGCCCUCCCGUCCCGACUUUCAACGGUCAACAAAACCAAAUUCCUAAUACACAACCUUACCGCCGAGUCAUGUCUGCUCCCAACUUCGCCAUGGAAGGUAAUUUGCCAUAUGUCUCACCUUAUGCCAGCGACUUGAUCGCUAACCCUGCUCCAGCUGAUCUGUUUGGCCUGAACUCUGGUAUUCCCUCUGCCGGCUUCCCCGCCGACAUGGAUUCACCCCUCGCCUUUGACGCCUUGGAUGAGGCCGGACUUGUCCCCGCCGGUCCCCCGGGCACUAUCUCGCCCCGGGAUCUGAUGAUGGACACCUCUGUUCCUCCCUCGGGCACUUUCACCGACCUGAGCACUCCAUCUUUCGAGUCACCUGGUAACUUCAGCCAGAACGCGUCGCCCAUGUUCACCGACAUGGACCUCGUCGGCCACGAGGAAUGGCCCUCUCUCUUUGACGGCGCCUCUGACAUGAACGCCUUUGAUCUCGCCAACCUCGACAGCCUCGAUGUUGCCGCUGCCCUUCAGCAGGAGCCCAAGAAGCCCGUCCUCAAGGUGGAGACUGCUCCUCGCUCUCCUCUCAAGCGCCCUGCUUCCUCGAUGGCCUCGUCUCCUAUCCCUGCCACUGGCGGCGUCAAGCACUCUAGCAUCUCUGGUGUGAGCGCACGUGCUCGCAAGAACCUGUCGCCCGUGGACUUUGAUCCCAGCGAUCCUGUCGCCGCCAAGCGCGCUCGUAACACCGAGGCUGCUCGCAAGUCCCGGGCUAAGAAGAUGGAGCGUCAGGCUGAUUCCGAGCGCCGCAUUGAAGAGCUCAACGACAUUAUUGCCGCUCGUGACGCCGAGAUUGCCAAGCUCAAGGCUCAGCUUCAGAUCCAAAACAACUACCAGUGA